AUGAUUCCACCACAGUACGACGCGCCUGAGCGCGUAGUUCAGCUCUGCCAGGAGCUCGAGGCUGCCACCAAGCUCAAGAAGGAAGGAAGGUCCAGAAAAUUCGUCAAUACCGUCUCCAACACCUCGCAGGCCAUCACCAGCUGGAAGUUCAAUGAGUGGGACUACGGAAAGUCCCACAAGGUGAAGUUGCCAAUUGAUGCUAGAGGUCUCUUCACCAUCAACGACAGCACCAUCGUGGUCAGAGGCUAUGACAAGUUCUUCAACGUGGGAGAAUUGAAGAUCACCACCAGGGAAGACAUGCUCGAAAACACGAAAGGACCAUACGAUGUCACAUUGAAGGAGAAUGGAUGCAUCAUCCUCAUUGGUGGCCUCAGUACUGGCGAGCUUGUGGUGUGUUCCAAGCACUCCACGGGAGCCAGAGACAAUUUGACGACCAACCAUGCACUUGAAGGAGAGGCGCAGGUCAUACGACAGUUGCAACGGAUGAACAAAUCGCCACAGGAGUUGGCCAAGUUUCUCUUCGACCACAACUUGACGGCUGUGGCCGAAUUGUGCGACGACUCGUUCGAGGAACACGUUUUGCCCUACUCCAAGGACCAGGCUGGUCUCUAUCUCCAUGGACUCAACUACAACACCAUUGUGUUCUCCACGGUGCCAAUUGACCAGGUCAACGAGUUUGCAAAGGAAUGGGGCUUUCACACCAUCGAAUCGCUUCGCUACGACGAUUUUGGUGCGUUGUUCGAGUUUCUUGACGAAUGUGCCAAAACAGGAACGUACAACGGGAAGGAAGUGGAAGGGUUUGUGAUCAGAUGCAAGAGCAGCGAGUCCAGGGACUUUUUCUUCAAGUUCAAGUUCGAACAGCCGUAUUUGUUGUACCGUCAGUUCCGUGAGGUUACCAAGCAGUACCUCUUGGCUGACAAGCCAGUGUCACUCAUCCGGUUGAAGAAGAACAAGUACAUCACCCGCCAGUACCUCCAGUUUGUGGAGCAAUUGUUCAAGGAACAGCCAGCGUUGAAAGAAAGCUUCGCCAAUGGCAAGGGCAUCAUCAAGACCAGAGAACUCUUUUUGGAACACAUCAACGAGUCCCAGGGUAUCAACUUGUUGAACAUCGACAAGUUGCACGAAGGGAUGGAGAAUUUGAAGGUCACAGACACCGAGGGAAAGACCAAGCUAGUUGUAAUUCCUGUCGCUACUAUUGCAUGCGGAAAGACCACUGUUUUCCAGACGUUGAUCAACUUGUUUCCGCAAUGGUCUCAUGUUCAGAACGACAAUAUCUCCAAAAGUGCCAAGGUCAAGCUUGCCGAGCUGUGCAUAAAGCAGUUGCAAAUCAAGCCGGUGGUCUUGGUCGACAGAAACAACUCGGAGUAUCGCGAGAGAAGCCAACUUUUCCGUGACUUCGACAGUAAGAGGUCCAAGUAUAUUGACGAAGACGUGGAUUUCCAAUACAUUUGCAUCAAUUUCAUCGAUAACGUGGACAAGAAAGAGCUCUGGGACAUCACAUUGGACCGCAUGAAGGCUCGAGGUGAUAACCAUCAGUCUAUCAAGUUCAAUACCGACGAGAACUUGGCUGUGAAGGUGAUGAAGGGAUUCAUCAGCCGGUUCCAGCCUGUUCAGACGACCAAAGAGCCGGACUCGGGCUUCGACUUGGUGAUCAACUUGAAGCUCCACCGUCACGACUCUUCUAAGGAGAACGUCAAGACCAUAAUCGAGCAGAUUGCUGCCAAGUAUCCCUCGGUUAUAGAAAAGGUUCCUAGCGACGACGAGAUCGACGUAGCCUUUCAAGCUGCUUUGGCGUAUCAGCCCACAUUCGUCAAGGUCAUGUCGAAGCCAAAGGACCCCUCCUACUACGGAGUAGCAGUGGAGGUCCCCACGUUGAUGGAGUACAUCAAUUCGGUGGCGGCAGAGCACCAGCAGUGGAACGAGCUCCAAAAACUCGACAGAGUGCAAAAAGAAUUCCACGUUACUUUGGGACACUCAGGCUCGGCAUCCAGCGCGGCAUUGAAACAGAAGUGGAAAAAGCUCGUCAAAUGCUUGCCUGCAAAGUAUGAACAGGUGAAGAAGAAUCCCUUGGAGUUUUAUGCCGACCUCCAGUUGGGCAGUGUCGUGAUUGCAAAGGAUCGACUCGUGUGUGUAACAGCCAAUGCACUCAAGUUCUACGACAAGGACUUGAAGCCGAUCGAACUCGAGACUCUCAACAAGCAUUUGCACAUCACCAUCGGUACUUUUGCACCCAAAAUUAGACCUGUUGAAUCCAACACCAUCUUGGGCCUGCUUCACGCGAAGGUGCAGAAGCUUACUCCCGGAAAGUACGAGGUGGACGGCACCGACGUCGAGGUGCUUGGGUCCACCCGGGUGUUGGCCAAGCAACAGAUAUUUGCAUUCUUCUAG